CACUACGAGGCUCUGGCUAACAGAGCGUGUGCUAACGGUCACAUCAUUGAUAUCUACGCCUGCGCUCUGGAUCAGACCGGCCUGUUGGAGAUGAAGUGCUGCCCCAACUACACCGGGGGCUACAUGGUGAUGGCGGACUCCUUCAACACGUCUCUCUUCAAGCAGACCUUCCAGAGAGUUUUCACUAAAGACGUGCAGGGAUCCUUCAAGAUGGCCUUCAAUGCCACGCUGGAGGUCAAGACGUCCAGAGAGAUCAAAGUCUCCGGAGCCAUCGGGCCCUGUGUGUCUCUGCACGCUAAAGGACCCUGCGUCUCUGAGAACGAGAUCGGGACAGGAGGAACCAGUCAGUGGAAGAUCUGCGGUUUGGACCCCAGCACCACUCUGGCUCUGUACUUUGAGGUGGUCAACCAGGUACACACACACAC